AAAUUACCCAAUGAGACAUAGCUCGUUCCCAGCAGCCAAUCAAAAAGGAGAGUUUGCCUAUAAAUAUAGUUAGUGCCAGAACAACGCCUUCUCUUUCUCCGUUUUCUUUCAGAACUAAUAACGCCUCGUUUUGGUUACAAUGGCCAGGACCAAGCAGACCGCCCGUAAAUCCACCGGUGGCAAAGCUCCCCGUAAGCAACUGGCUACUAAAGCUGCCCGGAAGAGCGCGCCUGCCACUGGGGGAGUGAAGAAGCCUCAUCGUUACCGACCCGGCACCGUGGCUUUGCGAGAGAUCCGCCGCUACCAGAAAUCCACUGAGCUGCUCAUCCGCAAGUUGCCCUUCCAGCGCCUGGUGCGUGAAAUCGCCCAGGACUUCAAGACCGAUUUACGCUUCCAGAGCUCGGCCGUUAUGGCCCUGCAGGAGGCCAGCGAAGCCUACUUGGUGGGGCUCUUUGAAGAUACUAACCUGUGUGCUAUUCAUGCCAAGAGAGUCACCAUCAUGCCCAAGGACAUUCAGUUGGCCCGGCGUAUCCGUGGCGAGAGAGCUUAAAGGCUGCUCAGCCAUCUUCCAAAUG